CUCUCCUCUCUCUCUCUGCACAAAAUCAUGCGAAGAUUCAACUCGGUUCUGCGGAGUUUACAGACGCGACGAACAUUUGACUCCACCCUCGGAUUGCGACCAGGAAACACGCAUUUACAUUUACUUGGAAGUCUUGACCACUUUGCAGGGUCUCAGAAGCCCUUCUUGUUCCAGCGUUACAUUCACGCUACAGGAGUAUCCUUCUCCAGUGCUCGUAAUUACUAUGAUGUUCUUGGUGUUUCUUUCAAAGCUACCCGGGAAGAGAUUAAAAAGUCAUUCCAUGAGCUUGCAAAAAAGUUCCACCCUGAUACCAACAGAAACAAUCCUUCCGCUAAAAAGAAGUUCCAAGAAAUAAGAGAGGCUUAUGAGACUCUGGGAAACUCUGAAAGAAGAGAAGAAUAUGAUAAUCUGCGUUAUCGGAAUUCAGAUUUUGUAAAUAAUGACGGUGGUGGUGCAGAGAGGUUCAGACGUGCAUAUCAGUCCAAUUUCUCGGAUUCGUUCCACAAGAUUUUUUCUGAGAUAUUUGAGGACCAAUCUAAUCAGCCUUCGCCUGAUAUUCGGGUUGAACUGACACUCUCUCUUUACGAAGCUGUAAAAGGGUGCACAAAGCGUUUAGAAUUUGAUGCAUAUGUCUUUUGCGAUUCCUGUGAUGGGUUUGGCCACGCUAUUAAUGCAGCCACGAGAGUUUGUCCAACAUGCAGGGGACUUGGACGAGUAACUAUUCCUCCUUUUACAGCACAAUGCCAGACGUGCAAGGGGUCGGGGCACAUUGUUAAGGAGCACUGCAUGUCGUGUAGGGGAUCCGGGGUCGUGGAAGCCACAAAGACGGUUGAAGUUGUGAUCCCUGGGGGGGUGGAGUCUGGCGCUACGGUCACAAUCCAUGAUGCUGGUCAUGUAAGAUCAAGAACAAGUCGACCUGGAAACUUGCAUAUCAAAUUUAAGGUUACUAAUGAUUCGACAUUCUCUAGAGAUGGCUCAGAUAUCUAUGUGGAUGCUAAUAUUAGCUUUACACAAGCCAUUUUGGGAGGCAAAGUUGUGGUGCCAACACUAUCAGGCAAGACAGAGAUAGAUAUACCAAAGGGGGCUCAGCCUGGCGAACUUCUUGUUUUAAGAGGCAAAGGACUACCGAAACAAGGAUUUUUUGUAGAUCAUGGAGAUCAGUAUGUGCGACUCCGUGUUAGCGUUCCUACUGAACUUAACGAACGUCAGCGCGCUAUACUUGAAGAGUUUGCGAAGGAAGAAAUCAACAGUGAGUUGAAUGGUUCUGCUGAAGGAAGCUGGUGGGAUAGGAUAAGUCCUCGAAUCAUACGCGAUUUCUCCUUAGUGGUGCUGCUGGCGAUAUUGUUGAAAAAGUUAGUGGGAUGAAACCACCAACCACGAAGGAAGAAAGCUAAAAGCAAUCAGCAGAAGACAGCACAAGCAAGACUAAUUUUUGCAUCUAUUGCUGGUAGAACAAAAACAGUUCAAUAGCAUUACAGAAGAAGGGUCAUAAUUUUUGACCUCAUAUUCUAUCAGAAACUCAUUUGAUGUGAUAAUGAAAGAGAAACAACUUCAUAAAUUUGUUAUUUUUGCAUAGUUACAAGUUGUAAACGUCCUCUAAUCUU